CUAAUUUCUCUGCAACUUCUUGUCUACAAUGUCUUCUUCUUCUUAUCCCCCUAAUUCGUCUAAAUCUUCUCCUAAUUCAUCUAGUUCUUCUCCUACUCCUCUAAUCCCUUUUAUCUAUUAUUUUCCCAAUUAUCUUAAUCCGUAGAGAUGAAAGUUGUUCCUGAUAAUCCUAUUUGUAGUGAGUUCACUACAAGUGGUAUCAGAGCAGUCGAUUUUGCGGCUGCAAACAUGAGAACCCUAACAGAAAGUGAAGAGCUAUCCAUUCGAGUUGAAUUACUAGAAUUAGCUCUAGCUGAGAUAUAAAGAGUGCGGGGUGAUUGCAAAACUAAACCAUCUCCUAAGUUUUUAGCAGGAUGGAAGGAUUAUUUAGCUACAGAAGUAAUGAACCUUCUAUUAUUAGAGCGUUAGAUGAGUGAACCUGUUGAUUAGAACGAGAAAUCUCAGUCGACGGAAAGCUUUGAAUUAGUUGGAUCUGUAUUGAAGAAAGCGAUGCUGAUUGAGAAGGUAAUCGAUGAGAAACUUGAAGGAGCUUCUGUAGAUUUAAGUUCAGUUAUAGAAUUAAAUCAAAAUUCUGCAACUCCAAGUGCAUCAGAUGAAGGUAAAUACAGAUCUAAACCUGAAAUUCAUUUCCUCGAUAUUUUGGAAGCUAGUCCUGCAGUUGAAAUUUGUAAAUAUAUGAGAAAUGAUUCUCAAGUGGUCAAUUUAGUUUCUCUUCGAUUUGAUUUAGAAGAGAAGAUGAAAACAUGUUUUUUGGAUUAUCAAGAGGGUAAACCCUUCUCUACUUGGCUGGAAUUGAUUAAUGAUGCUUGUCUUCAGUUUGAGAAAUCAGAAUAUGUGAUGAAUUUUAAUAGAAUGAGUCCAUUAUCAAAUGUGGAGAUGUGUUAUGAGCAGUUUAAAGGCCAAGGGUUCUUGAUUGUUACCAACAACAAGGUACUUUUGAAGAAGACUCUUACUCAUCAUAUUAUGUUUGGAUUAACUGGGAACAUACACACCACCAUUCAGUUAGCUUAGCUCCAGGGAUUCUAUUGUCACGGAAGUAAAGGAAUUGGAGAUUAUGAAGUGAGGAAUUGCAACACAGGAAAUCAGAAAUUCUAUGUUAAAACUCUGGAGCCUAUUACUGAAUCUAACUGGGCUCAAUUAUUUUUGCACAUUUUAAGAAUUGCCAAGGUAUAUCUCUUCAUAUACAUAUCACUAAAUACUUGUCUGUGUGCUAUUUCACUUGACAAUGAUACUCAACUGGUAUUUGAUUGGGGAAAAGAAUUAAAAGUAUUCAGGAGGUGUUCUUAUUAUGUGAGCAUUACUUCAAAAUUUUCUGUGGGUAUACCUACUUUUGUUGUGGUAGUUCUUAAUGGAUUGAUGUUAUUGCUUAGAACCUAUGCAAAUGUUAUUUCUGAGCCUAAUUCUGAACUUGGGUACCAUCUGGAUUUGUUAAUUGAGUGUUCAAAUGUGUUUGGAAGGGUAAGAAAUGGAUACAAGCAUGUUUUCAGCAAGCUCCUUGAAGAUAAGCCACAACGGAAUAAUGUUCUUUGCAGUGUUUCGGAAUCUCAUGUGACAAUGAAAUAUGAGUCUGGCAAUGCAGAUGGACUAAUUCUUCAGAUUCUUGUCAACAGUAAAUGGAGUUUCAUGGGAAAUGUGGGCUUUCUAAAUUUACAGUUGAGAUAUUUUUUACUCACGACCCCUGCUUGUGUACGAAGAAGUUUGAUCAUUGCUGGAAGAGUAAUUGAUAAAGGCAGGUUGCUGGAGUUGAUCAUGAGUACUAAGUUUUUCCUGGAUACUCUCAGUCCUCGUAUUAUUAUUCUUCAGGGUUCAAAAAUGAUAGCUGAAUACAGUGGGUAUGUGUUUUUAUUGUUACAAAAUGGUGGCAGCUUAGAGGCUUGCGAGUUGUUGGCUAAAAUCUUGCAGAAAGUUAAUGUUCAUAUUCUAUGUUCUAAUUUGAUACUUCAUAUGACAAGGGAAGAUAAAUCUGGCAAGGCUCAAGAACUUUUUUAUCAGUUGCUUGUUGGAGAUAAUAGUCCUAUUCAAAUGGAAGGAGCCUUACAACAACUCAAGAAGAUGGAAACUCUCUUCCCAGUUAGUGUUAUACUUCAAGUAUGGAAACUGACCAUUCUACAGAAAUACAACUGUUUGGUUUUCUCAUCUCAGCUUAGUUUCAUCGUAAUCACUCUCGGAUUAUGGAGAAUGAGAAUUGGCAGUGGUUAUAUACUAGUUAUCGUUGAGUUUCCACUAGGAGUACCUAUAUCUAUGGGUUGUGGGAGUAAUAGAUGGUGGGAGUACCAUCAGAUUUGGCAGGGGCUUAUAAAAAACUCAAAUGUGGAGUUGUCACUUACUCAAUACAGAGACGAACAUAGGAACAUGGGUUUGGAGCCAAGUACACUCACUGAACAAAGUCACCACAACAUAAGAAUUGCCAUUGUUGUAUGGGGUGUUGGUGCUGAGCGCUAUAGUAUUUCAGCUUGUUAUCUUAUUCGAAAUUGUCAGCAGUGUUCCUUCUUGGUAUUCAGUCCUCCAUCUUUAGUUUACACAGAUGAUUGUACAGGUGAAAAUUAUUGCUUCGUUGCUGCAUUGACUCUUAUCUUUGUAGUUCUGAAAAUGAGUUUGGUGGGAUGUAAUAACUAUGGCAGAUUAAAAUUAUUGGGACACUACUUGUCGAAAAGAAGCCAAAGGCAGCUGAAGACCAACAGGGAAGAAGUUAUCUUUCCAAGAAAAGAAUGGCAAGUGAAAGUUUGCGUGUUGAUUGCAUAGGCCAGUUUACUAUUACAACUGCAAAUACAAGUUAAUUGCAGAGAAGCAGACAUUAAAAUUUAGAUGGGUCAAGCUGGAGAUAAUAGACUUGAGCUACAUUUCAGUAAUGAAGAAAGUAUGCUCAAGAGGGUUUACACAACCAAUUACUCUACCAUUUUUGACAUUGAUUGGGAUAUGAUGGAACCACGACCAAGAUGGAAUCCUG